AGAGAGAGAGAGAGAGAGAGAGAGAGAGAGAGAGAGAGAGAGAGAGAGAGAGAGAGUACUGGGUUUGGGUUGUUUCUGAACCAUUCUUUGUUUCUUGUGCACAAAGAUUCGAUUAUUCAGGAUGAGUGGGCUGACAUCAUGAAAUAUCAAGUGAAGCUAGGAGAGCUGGCAGAGAAAGAGCUGCAGAAGAAAAUCCAGGAGCAAAAGAAGAUGAUGCGCAGUGGAUUAGAUCAGCAGGUUAUCGAGCUGAAGGAGAGGAAGAAGAAAGAGGCAUUGGCAGAUAGAAUUUAUUCUCAGUAUGAGGCUCGUGACUUUGAGAAAUGGAGGAAGGAUGAGGAAGCGAAAAUGGAGGAGAAGCUUAAAGCAGAAUACGAGCUGAAAGAUCAAAGGGAUCAGCAAUUGUCAGAGCAAGCUAUGGGCCAAAUCAAGGUUGAACUGGAAAAGCUGAAAGAGGACCGAAAGCGACUGAAAAAGGCCUUUGCUGAAGCAAGAGAGCAAAAACAAGUAGAGCAGAAACAAAAGGCGGUGACGAAGGAAUUCAUGGACCGUGUUCUUGAGAGUGACAUGGCGAACAGAAAGUUCAAAGCGGAGUUAAAAAAGAAGCAGAACGAAGAGGACAAAAAGCGCAUGCACGAUUUUGCAGAUAUCCAUUAUCGGCAGGAAAUGCUGAGGCUGGAGAUGCGGAAGGCGAAGUCGGAGGAAGCGAAGAAGAGGAUUGAGUCAGCCGCAGCAGCAAUUGCUGCCUCUCAAGUGUACAAGGAGCUGAAUGAGGCGUUGGUGAAAAAGCAUUUUGAGGCAAGGCAGAAAGAGCUGGAAGAGAGAGAGAAGCAGCUGAAGCAGAGGAAGGAGGACCUUAGGGUUGAGAUGGUCAACAUGCUGGACAAGCAACUGAUAGAAAAGAGGCAACUGUGACUGCGAAAUUGGAUGCGGUGCGUCCAUAGCCCACACCCGAACCGGUCCUGCCCGGUCUGUAGGGGUGGCCACUCGCCAUAGUAGUGUUUUUUUUUUUUUUACCCACAUAUUUUUUUCCUUCCCGUUGCCCCUACCUCCCCUGCCCCAUACUCCUAGAGAACUCUGCCUUCUGUCCCUUACCUUCUAUCCCUUACCCUCCACCCUCCCUCCACUCCCUUUGUACUACUAACAAAAACAUACGAAUAAG